AUGGCAGUGUCAAGCUUCAGUGCCCUUGUAAGCUGGGUAGCACUACAUGCCUGCCUCACGACAUUCCUGUCAUCCUCACCAGUGGUUGCCUCUCCUUUACCGGAGGUUUGGAAGGGAGAUUCCCACUGGAAUUCUGCACCUGGCUUCAGCCUGCACUUCCCAGACUGGAUAUCCCUGGCUCAGCUCAUCCAUGACAAGAGUGAUUACCUCAAGACUCAGCUCUGUGACAAGGAUGCAGUAUGUGAUAACAGCAUGGAAAUUCUUCUGCAAAACAGUCUCGCUCUGCCAAGAAUUACAGUGGAAGAUGGAUGUUAUGGUUCUAAUUUCAACAAGGAGAGAUGUUUGCAGAAGAUAACCAGUGGCCUUUAUUUAUACCUUCCAUAUCUACAUUUUGUGCAAGAUGUCCUUGAUAAUGAACAGAAACAAGUGAAGAGUUUAGUACCCACAACCAAACAACUUGCCACUGCACUGAUGAUAAACUCUAACAACAAAGCAGAAGAAACAGAUAAGAAUGCACAGAAAACACUUCUUGAAGCCCUCUCCUCAGAGAAAUUAUGGGUACAAAAAGAGACUAGCCGCUUCAUUCUUAGGGACUUCACCAUUUUCAUGCAGAAAACCAUAAGAGCUGUUCGUCAUAUGCAAAAUAAUUAA